CCCCUGUGUCCUGGACCCACCCCCUGUGUGUAGACGUGCGGCCGGUCACAGUCGGUGUCCCGGUCACGUGUACAUAUACCGGGAUCUGUGCGCGCCGAGCUCCUAGUCAUGUCUGUACAGAUGGCGGCGAGGUUGGGCCGGGCGCUCCGGGGGAAAUGGCCGCUCCCCUCUCUAGGUGUCCGGUCUCUCCACACACCGGCGUUCAGCUCCCGAGGCAGAGCCGGCUCCUCGGUCCUGCUGGGGGCGGCGGUGGUGGCCGGAUUGGCGGCGGGCUUCUCCCGGUUACAGCGGGCGGAGAUGGCGGCCUCGGUGUCGGAGGAGGAAGAGGUGGCCCGGCGGUGUCAGACGUUCAUGGCGGCCCCGGUGACCCCCGUACAGGAGCUGCAGGAGAAGAGCCGGGAGACCCGGACCAGCAUGGAGCUCCUCAUCAUGGAGACUCAGGCGGAGGUGUGCCGGGCCCUGGAGAGGGCGGACGGGGGAGCCACAUUCACUGUGGACCGCUGGGAGAGGAGCGAAGGUGGCGGGGGCAUCAGCUGUGUUCUCCAGGAUGGCAAGGUCUUUGAGAAGGCGGGCGUCAAUGUGUCCGUGGUCCAUGGGUACCUCUCACCAGAAGCCAUCCAGCAGAUGAAGAGUAGAGGAAAGAACCUUAAAACUAAAGAUGGGAAGUUGCCUUUCUCUGCUAUGGGGGUGAGUUCGGUUAUCCACCCCAAGAACCCCCAUGUCCCGACCAUCCACUUCAACUACAGAUACUUUGAAAUUGAGGAGGCCGAUGGCACCAAGCAGUGGUGGUUUGGAGGUGGAACAGACCUGACCCCAACUUACCUGAACAAGGAGGAUGUGCUGCAUUUCCAUCAGACUCUGAAGGGAGCCUGUGAUAAACACAGCCCUGAUUUCUAUCCCAAGUUUAAGAAGUGGUGUGAUGACUACUUUUUCAUCCAGCACCGUGGAGAGCGCAGAGGAGUUGGAGGAAUCUUCUUCGAUGAUCUGGACUCUCCAUCUCGGGAGGCACUCCUCCAGUUUGUAGAGAGCUGUGCCAAAGCUGUAGUGCCCUGUUAUGUCCCUAUAGUGAUGAAGCACAAGAAUGACCCCUUCACCCCAGAGGAGAAACAGUGGCAGCAGCUGAGAAGGGGAAGAUAUGUGGAGUUCAAUCUCGUCUAUGACAGAGGUACCAAGUUUGGCCUUGCAACUCCCGGCUCUAGGAUAGAGAGCAUUCUGAUGUCCCUGCCAUUGACUGCCAGAUGGGAGUACAAUCAUGUACCACCUCCAGAGUCACGGGAAGCUGAAAUUCUUGGUAUUCUGCGAGAGCCCAAGGACUGGGUGCAUUGAUGUCAUCAAGAAGAUGUUUAUCACAUUCCUUAUUCCACUAGUGCCUUGAAACCGAACUUCUGGCAAACAAAUGCAAUUUGAAUGUAAUUUUACUUAUAACCUGCCAAUUUUUCAUUUUGUACAGCCAGCCUUGUGCUUUUUAUAUUGUAUGUUUUUUCUACUUCUCAGGGCACCCCUUGUCGGUCCUCUCUAUCUGAUCCCUGGCAUUACAAUAAAAAACAAAUGCCAUCUUUAUAUGACUCUCCAAUGCAGUCCUCCCAGGAGGUGGGGGUCCUUUGGGUGUCCUUGCCUACACUUCCUGUUUGCUGUCUAGUGGGGAGGUCCUCUCAGGAUUGAGGAGGAGUCUACAGUGGUGUACGUCAACAUAGGCGGACUUCCAGGAACUGUCUUCUGCAAGCAUACUGUAUCUGCAGUUGCCUUCACCUAGAAAGUGCUGAGUGACCUGGUGAUGGUUGGAGAGGGAUAUAAAUUAUUUGUUGUGCUUUAAUUGUAUUUAGCGGUUUACCUGGCGUUCAACUUUAAUGUUAUCGAGUUUGCUGCUGGAUGAAUCCUGCUGCCUUCAUCUAUACGUUCUGCCCCAGGAAGUCUUUAUAAUUCUGAGCAUGAGAUGGGUAAUUUUUGAGGACCUGACAUAUUUUGAAGGGUUGUGUGACUACACUUUGCAUCUAGAAUACAACAUUGUUAAGUUAGAUCCAUUCUUUGUGAUAUGCUGUAUACUAAUGAAUGUGAAUGUUCCUAUAUUUGUUUUUGUGCAUUCACUUUUACUUGGGGGAGAACUAGCAGUGUCUAGUUCCAGGGCUGCAAUUGAAUGCAUUGUUUGGUAUUGCACACAAAAUCUUGUGCUGCAGUUUACUUGGGUGUAUACAGAUUCUGUAUUUAAUUUUUUCUACAGUAGCUGAUCUACUGUACAAAUCCAACAAGUGGAUGGAAAAACUUGUAUAGAAACCUGGUUUUAACCUUAUAAUGUUUAGAUUAUUUUGAGCUAUCUAUUUCCAUAUGCAUGUAUCCAUAAUACUUGAGUUAAAAUUGUAUGGUGCCUUUGCAUCCACAGUGCGAAUGAAGAUCUUGCUGUUUGUAAAUUAUUAUAAUUUUUUUCUUCCAAUAUUGCAAUCAUGCAAGGGUCACCCCUGGAGGUGCGUCAGUUCCCUGUGAAUUGCUUUUACUUAAUUGUAUUACUAUUUUAUUUGUAAUCAGGAGACUGAUUGAAAUGUGAAGAUUCAAUGGAUAUUUUGUACCUUUUUUGUAUUCAUAAUUGCACAUGAGAUAGAGCUACAGUGUUAUAAAUAAAUCGCUAUUUUCCUGACAAACCAAA